UUCUCUGCUGACAUCAUUAGCGCCGCGUAGUAAGGCAACUGAUGGUGCAAUUGUCAUGUAUAAUAGCCACAUGUCAACCCUACGUUCUGCGUCAGUUAACUAGUUGGUGUAAUUCUGAGAAGAGUUAACUUUUUGGCGUGAAAUCACUUCAAGAUGGGGCGACGAAGUGUUCUUGAGUGAAAUAAAAACCGUUUUCGCUUAAGCAACACACGGAGUGGGUUUAUUACUAUUGUGUUUCUUCCCAACAUACUCUCCAUUUCACAAUUCCUAGAGAACAUAUCCUUUUCAUUAUAGUUAAAAUAUUAUCUAAGUUAAUUCAUACAGUGAUUGAAUGCAGUGUAGAGGAUAUUCUUCCCUACCUCGCCCUACAAACAUGUAAUUAUAUAAACCUUACUAGUAAUGCUUUUGUCUAAAAAGUUUCAAAUUGAGCGCGAGAAACAAGAUCCUAAUCUGCUGAACAUGAACGGUUCUCUUUCGACAAUGACUCGUUCGUAGAACCAUUGCACAUUAUUUCUGUCAUACCUGGUUCAAACCAAAAUGUUAUGAAAUUUGACAGAUGAUGACCUGGUGUCUUGAUAUUAAAUGAAAGUGAUUUCAUGCGUUAUUUGCUGUGGACACAGUUUCAAAAAUGAGUGAAGAUGUGGAAAAUGAUUUUCAUCAUGUCGACUUUACUGUUGCUUCAAUAUGGGAAUCUUUCAUUAAAAGCUUGGAAGAAGUUAUCUUUGAAUGGAAAUUGCCUCAAUCAAAACGUGUUUCGCCCCUGAAAAGAGGUGAUAUUGAAAAAGCUGUAUGGGACAAAAAAACAAAAAAAGAAAAACUAUCAUUUGCAGAAGUUAAUUUUACUAUCACUAGAUACAUUUUGAAAGAUCCUGGUGCUGGUGUCACAAGCCCAUUAGAAGAUGAAACUGGUGAUGAAGAUAAAGUUCAAGCUUUAGAGGAUAUUAUGUGCUUUGAAAAUGAUUUUCUUCCCCAAAAAAUGUGGUUAUCAAGUAUGGGAAAUGUUGGACAACAUCCACACCCUCUUGCUGUUUGGUAUGGUUUGAGGGAUUUUGUAAUUAUUGCCCCUAACCAUGAUGCUGUCAUAUCUUCGGAGACUCGUGUCAAACUUCUUUUGAGUUCUCUAUACAUUGCAGUGAAUAACACUAAUUGCUCUGUACCAAUUUUCAUUCAAAUUCAUAGAGCUUCUGACCAAUUUUAUAUGGGAGUUUGUGAUGGGAAGGAAGUAAGAGUUGAUUUUGAGAUGGUGUACUUGAAACGUGCACCACAGCAUUGUCGAUACCUUCCUGGUCUUCUUGAUGUAUUCAAAACAAAGAUAGCCAGCCCUCUUUCCCUAGAACAAAUCUUGCUCUCGGUUCAAUUUACCUAUAUUCUCCGUGACUGGACCAGUUACAAGUGGACUCAACAACCACCAGAUUUUGAAUUUCUCCAGGGAGAAACUAUUGGAGUCACAGAACUUGGAAGACUUCCAUUUGGUGCCACAUCUGAUCCUGUCAGUGAAUUAUAUUUGUAUGCGACAUGGCCCAAACUGGUUGACUCAGCUGUCACUGAUGGUGAGAGUUAUUCUGAUUUUGAGCCGUCCAAAGCUCCCCAUUGGUCUGUGCAAGUAAGAAUGGCCGAUCAGCCAGCUUGUCUGUUGAGUGAUUAUUUUGAAGAGUUUCUUCAGUUGUGUCACUGUAAGAGAAACAUGAAAGAUUUGAUAGGGGACUUAAUGGAAUGUGAUAGUUCAGGAAUAGACAUAAGUACUUCAUUAAGUGCUAUUACUGAACCCCGUGUGCCUACUUUAUCACAAGUUUUGAAAAGAAACAAAACAAGACCAAAAGCAGUUGUUCGUGAUGGUGCAAUAAGUCAUGAACAUUUAAUGCACAUGUUGUAUUUCCUUUUCCCUGAUGCUGCUGAUGGUGGUGUUAAACCUUACCCUGAAACAUGGGGCAAUUCUGAAGAAACAAAACAACUUGAGAUGGGUAGCAUGAAAACUGUUCCUGUAGAUAGUCUUGUGUGGAGGCUCUCUAUAGUUAUGUCUCAUGUGCUCUCUACAUUGGGAGCUGUUCGAGCUGCGGCCCAGCUAUGGUAUGAAUUCUGUGGAGAGAUGCUCUUCCGAUGGGACAAAGGCAUUCUAAUUCCAGGAGUGCCUCCUGGCUUCCCAGACCAUAGGACGUGCCUUCUGAAUCAGAAGCUCCAAAUGCUGAACUGCUGCAUUGAAAGGAGAUUGAAUCGAGAGACGUUGGCCCGAAAAACAUCGGUGGAACUAGAAAAACUCUCUUCAGAUUCGGACGACGAGGACGAGUUCUUCGACUGCUCCGCAGAGCCGUCCGGCGGCGAGGGCGGCGGCGGCGGCGGCGAGGAGGCGGCGGCGGGGGCGGGCCCCAGCCGCCCCGGGGGCGGCGCGCGCCGGAAGCAGAAGCACUCGCUGUGGAACCAGCCCGUGGGCCGCCUCUACAAGUACGGCAACCUGCGCCUGCUCAAGACGGGCGAGCACCUCUACGUCCCCGUCACGCAGGAUCCAUCUCCCAAAACUGAAGAUCAAAUUCUGGAAGAUGUUGAUGUAAUGGUUCAUUUAGGAACUGAUGCACAUGCAGCAGAAUUGCGUGCGCGUAUUAUGAGUGCUUCUCUCCUUUCGGACAUGGAAUCAUUCAAGGCAGCAAAUCCAGGAGCUAUCCUGGAAGAUUUCAUUCGAUGGUAUUCUCCCCGAGAUUGGAUAGAAGAAGAAGGCAUUGAUGAAUAUGGCCAAAAAAAAGGUUCAUUGAGUCCUCGUAUGCAAAUCCGUGGCAACGUAUGGGUUGAUGUUUGGGAAGCUGCAAAGCCUGUUCCAGCCCGACGGCAGAAGCGUCUCUUUGAUGAUACACGAGAGGCUGAGAAGGUUUUACAUUUCCUGAAGACUCAGAGCCCUGCACAGAUGGCACAGUUGUUGCUUCCUACACUUCUUCAUGCAUGUAUUGUGCGGCUGAUGGAAGAAGAACGAGCAGAACUUCCGGAUGUUAUGCCAACCAUUCAACAUAUUGUCAAGCAAGCUGUGCGUCUUGCACAACAAGGAAAUACUGCUCAGGAUCUUCCACGCUAUGAGGAUCUGAGCAAAGAAAUGACAUCUGUAGAAGAAGUAAUAGCGCAGUUUAAAUCUUUGGAACACAAAUUCUCACCCUCGGGUGGUGAACAGUCUCCUGAGCUUCAAGCAUUUUUAAGCCAUUUAAUGCAAAACACUCAAGUGGAUGUACCAGAGGGACCAAGAGGUCCAAUUGGAAUGAAGAUUCGUUGUAUGUUUGCUGAAGCUCAAAAGGUUGCUCAAAUGUUGUCCGAGUAUGAUUUAGCAGAUUCUUCUGAAGAAACUUGGAAUUCUCCAUUUGCAACAAAUUUUCCACAACCACACAAAAGGCACUUUAUCAUGAGAACUCACGCAAAGAGACCUUCAACUUAUUCUAUCGCUUGUCCUCAAAGAUUGUCAGCAAUUUUGCAGAAAGAUAAAUAUUUUCCUCAUUAUUUUAUAAAAGUUUUCAAUGAUUUAAUUUUUGCAGGUGGUUUGGUUCUACUUUUUGUGAAAAAUGUAAAAAUUGAUGCUACAUGUUUGAUGCAAUCUUGUGUGUUGCUAAUUGGAAAUCAUAUUUUUAAUGAAAAUUUCACUGAUUCAGUUAUGACUGUAAAUUAUUCAAGAAAAUCUAGAACAUUAAUGAUUGAAAUCUGA